AUGGCGACUACAACCUCACCCCCAGACACGGCCCAUCGUGAGCCCGAAGUACCACCAGCAACGGCGAGGGGCGCGCGAGGAGAUACGGAGGAUGGUGCUGAUGCACAGAGCGACAAUGCUUCAUCCACCGAUCACGUUGGAGAGAAGCCCAAAGGCCCUCCACUGUCGAAGCGUCAAAAGAUACGACGGCAUUGUGGUCGAUUUUGGUUGUGGUACCUAAUAGCCUCAAUUAUAUUCCUCGCCAUUUUACUACCGAUCCUCUUCAAGGUGAUCAUUCCGGCCAUCGUGCAGGCGAUUGUCAAGGGCCAAGAUUUACCAAUCCAGGGUGGUCGGUUGGACUGCUUAACAGGAACAGAAGUGUCACUAGCGCUCAACACCUCCCUUAACACGCCAUUGCCUGCCAGAGUGUCUGAUUUGACCCUAUACUUAUACAAUAAGGAUACCAAGCCAUAUUCACCAUUCGCCAACCUGACGGUUAGCGGCCAGAAACUCAAGGGUGAUACCAAAAUCGUUGUGAAGCCACAGACGGUGACUAUUACCAACGAGAGCGAAAUUGUCGGUUGGUUCGACAAGGUUUUCGACGAAGACAAGGUCGACUUGUCAGUUCGUGGCGCUCCCACCAUCUACCUUGGUGAACUCAAGUCAGACACGCAUCUUGACAAAACAGUCAAGCUUCCUGGUCUGCGUAAGUUUUCCGGCUUCGGUAUCAAAGAUUUAAAGGUCAUGCUGCCUCCGGACAAGAAUGGCAACAACAUCAAAGGCACCAUCAACAUCCCGAACUGGGGUGUGCUGGCGUUGAACUUUGGCAACAUUACCUUCAACCUAUUUUCCGGUGAUCUCAAAAUUGGUCAAAUUACUGCCUACGAUGUGCUUCUCAACGUGGGGAACAACACAAGAAAUUUCGACGGCCAGCUUUACUUGGACUCCUUGAUUAAAAAUCUCGGUCCUGUGCUUGCCAGCCAAACUGAUGCGCUUAACCGAGGUCAAAUCGAGCUCAAUGUCACUGGCAACAGUACCGUUGUCAAUGGCCAGCACAUUACAUAUAUUGAGAAGGUUCUCAACAACCGUCGUCUAACCACGUCAAUGUCUGUCAUCCAACUUCUAAGCGACGUGUUGAAUGGAGUCAUGGGCGGAGGCAGCGCUUCUAUCAUUGACGUAUUUGGCGAUAUAUUUGGCAAUAACACCUUCAUUCAGCACAUUGUUGAUCACUGGAACACGACAAAAAUCACUGGCAACUCAACAAACAAUGGGUCAAUACUGAAGAAGAGGAAUGAUCCAAAGGAAGCCCUGAUGUGGAACAUGCUGAAAGUGGGAUUGAAAAUGAAGCUAAAUCAGAGGUAG